AUGCCAAGGUUCAUCCGCCAUGACGUCACAGAGCCAUUCUUCUGUGAGUGCGAUAUGAUCUACAACAUGGCGUGCCCGGCUUCCCCGGUGCACUACCAGUGGAAUCCCAUCAAGACGACAAAGGUCUCGGUCUUGGGGACAAUCCACAUGAUGGGCCUUGCCAAGCGUGUCAAGGCCCGCAUUCUGCAGGCUUCCACAAGCGAGAUCUAUGGCGACCCUGAGGUUACGCCGCAGUCUGAAGAUUACUGGGGCCACGUGAAUACAAUUGGUGUCCGGUCCUGCUACGACGAGGGCAAGCGGGUCACCGAGACUCUGGCUUUUGACUAUCUGCGGAUGAACAAUGUGGACUCGUGGCCGCUAUACUAG